GGAUAAACCAUCAUCGUGGCAGCAUGGAGUUGACACAUAUGCUCACCAUGCUUUAGCUGGACACACGGGUAGCUCACCAAGUGGUAUGGGUCCACAUGGAAGCCAUGUAUAUCCACAUUCUAGUAAUUCUCACAUAACUCAUUCUCAUACUAACUUUGCUGGUGCAGCCUCUCCAUUCUAUGCUCAAAACGUUGCAAUGAUGUCUUCUUGGCGAACCUACGAUAGCACUGGAUUUCAGCGUGCUCCUCCAUACGAUUCGACGAUGGACUUUCAAUUUAGUGAGGGUCGUGAGUGUGUAAAUUGUGGAGCUAUUUCUACUCCUUUAUGGCGUCGAGAUGGUACUGGUCAUUAUCUAUGUAAUGCUUGUGGACUUUACCACAAAAUUAAUGGCAUGAAUCGACCUCUUAUUAAGCCAACUAAGCGAUUGUUAUCUGAAUUUCAGACGGCGACACGGCGACUUGGGCUUUGCUGCACGAAUUGUGGCACACGUACUACAACUCUUUGGAGACGUAACAAUGAGGGUGAAACUGUCUGUAAUGCCUGUGGUCUCUACUUUAAGCUGCACGGGGUGAAUCGACCAUUAGCUAUGCGAAAAGAUGGCAUACAAACGCGCAAACGCAAACCAAAAAAGAUUAUUGAAUUGAAUGCUAAACCUUCGUCGUCAGAGCAUGAUAAAUGUAUUCAAACCACAUCAUCUUCUUCUAACGAUUAUAGAGACUUGCAUUCCAAAUAUAAACGGUAGGAUAUCAUGUCUGAACUUGAGG